CCCAAAGCAAAAGUAGUAAAAUACCAAAAAUCUCUUUCUUCUUCGCGCAACCAUCCCACCAACACACCAGGCAGCUUAGCUGUUUCCACCCACUCGCUCCUUCUAUCUCUCCGCGCCGACACGCGCACAAUCCUCCCCUACCCUUUCUUCUUCAUUCCUCCUCCUCCUCCUAGAUCCACUCGCCUCAGUCUCUCCCCUUACCCGAGUUCAUUCAACCGCAACCCGAGUCAAGCACUGAUCAGCUCACCACACUCGCUCCGACCUCCCUUUCUCGUCUCUACUCAGCUCUCUCCGGCGCGAUCGGACGAGCUCUGCGCUGUGGCCGAAUUGUGUGAAAAGGGUUUUGUUUGUGUCCGCGACUCAGUGUCGUAACUGAGUCGGGCAUCGGGGGGGUUCUCGGAAAGGAUGGGUUUAUGACGGAGUUGUACCCGUGUGGGGGGAUUAGGGUUUGGAUUCUGCGACAUUACUAGUACGGACGGUGGUGUUGGGUUAGUGUGGGGAUACUGCCAUGGCGACGGCCGUGGCGAGCUGGAGGGACUCCUACAAGGGGAUGUCGUCCGACAAUAUCAAGGGUUUGGUUUUGGCGCUGUCUUCCAGCUUCUUUAUUGGUGCUAGCUUCAUUGUCAAGAAGAAAGGGUUGAAGAAGGCUGGUGCCUCGGGCGUCAGGGCAGGAAGUGGGGGCUAUUCUUACCUGUACGAACCUCUAUGGUGGAUCGGCAUGAUAACAAUGAUUGUUGGGGAAAUAGCUAAUUUUGCGGCUUACGCGUUUGCACCUGCUAUACUGGUUACUCCACUUGGUGCUCUCAGCAUCAUCAUCAGGCAUGAUAUACCAUCUUCCUGUAUCUUAAGUUUUGCAUUUCCAGCAUUGGUUCUGAUGAUUUCCUGUUUCUGCAGUGCUGUUCUUGCACACAUUAUUUUAAGAGAGAGGCUUCAUAUUUUCGGCGUUCUUGGUUGUGCACUUUGUGUUGUGGGUUCCAUAACCAUCGUCCUGCAUGCUCCCCAAGAACGCGAAAUCGAAUCUGUGAUAGAAGUCUGGAAUCUGGCUACAGAGCCUGCUUUUCUGUUCUACGCAGCCUUGGUUAUAACUGCCGUGUUUGUACUUAUAUUCCACUUCGUCCCUGACUACGGCCAGACACAUAUUAUGGUGUACAUAGGAAUAUGCUCUCUUGUUGGUUCUCUGUCGGUCAUGAGUGUUAAAGCAAUUGGGAUUGCGUUAAAGUUGACACUAUCAGGAAUGAAUCAACUUAUCUAUCCCCAAACCUGGGCCUUCACAAUGGUGGUCAUUACUUGUGUGCUUACGCAGAUGAACUAUUUGAACAAGGCACUUGAUACCUUCAAUACUGCCGUUGUAUCCCCCAUCUACUAUGUAAUGUUCACAUCACUAACCAUUUUGGCGAGUGUGAUUAUGUUCAAGGAUUGGGAUAGGCAAAGUCCAACCCAGAUAGUGACGGAGAUGUGUGGGUUUGUGACCAUCUUAUCAGGCACAUUUCUUCUCCACAAAACCAAGGAUAUGGCUGACGCAGGUUCAGCAGCACUCCCUGUCAGAAUACCGAAGCAUUCAGAAGAGGAUGGGUAUGAAGGCGAAGGAAUCCCUCUCAAGCGCCAGGAUGGAAUGCGAUCGGCUUCCCAUUAGGAGACAUAUGUUGAGUUGCUCCUUCAUUUUGCACAACAAUCGCUGCUGAUGGCAAUGCUGUUUAUCUAGGGCAGGACCAGCUCUCUGACUCCUCGAGAUCAUCUCGCACUUCACAGAUAUGACAUGGUUGGUGAACGGAAAGCAAGACUCUACUUUUGGCUUUCUAAGUGUACACACUAUACACCGUCCAGAGUUCAAGCACUUUCGUCCCACGUAGGAGCAAGAAAGAUAGAGAAGUGGAAUUGGGCGAUUGUAAUUUUUGAGCGAUGCUUGCUUGUUAUAUAGUGUAAUUUUUUCACCAAUUAUACAGUUGAGUUCUUGAUCAGCACCCUUUUUCCGCUAAUCACCUAUGGCAUUCCACCAUAUUCAUAUUCUAUGCAAAACACAGCAUGAGCUCACAACUACAACGCUGCCUCUACAAACAUGUAUGGUGGCUGUAUCAUUUUUCAGGUUCGCCACAGCUAAUCCUCGCACCCAAGUUUGAGCUUUAACAGGGUAUUCUAUACUAACUGGCUGAGUUUUACUAUCGACCAUAAAUGGAUGAUCAUCUGGAAACUGUAUGCUUUAUCCAAAUACUUCAGCUUUCAUUUCUUGGUUAUUUGCUUCAGAAGGGCAGACACAGAAGCACAAUGCGUCGACUUGCUCUCACACUUCUCACAGCAUGAUUGCAGGUUUUCUAUAAAUUUCUGACACCUCUGAGGGAGGAAGUUAUUCUUGGAGAGACAAGCUUGAAUAUCGCAGGCUUCUUUCUUGCACGGCUCUAGAACGGGUUUGGCCAUCUUCCUCCCCGCUUUAUCUUUCUCUCUCUCUCAAAACUUUCCUCUGUUCACUAUAUUUUGCUUCGAGUUCAAUCAACAGAUUGCUGAACAAUCGCUGAUUCCUUCCUUCUCCUCCACAGCUGUAUUAUAUUCCCAGGAAGGAAUCAAAC